AUGUUAUUGCGAUUAGAAGAUAAUGCUUUAAAAAAAUUAGAACGGCAACCACGAUAUAAGCAGACUGGCCAGGCGCUUAUCUUGCCUGGAAUCGCAGUCACCUACCAGGGUGAAGAAAUCGGUAUGACGGAUGGAUAUGUCAGCUGGGAGGACACAAGGGACCCACAAGGCUGCAACACGGAUGACCCUAUUAACUACUACAAGAAGUCACGUGACCCGAGCCGCACCCCCUACCACUGGGAUAACUCCAGCAACGCAGGCUUCUCUGCGACUCAAGGGAAAACGUGGCUACCGGUCGCAGAUAAUUAUAAGAAUUUAUAUUUGGCAGAUCAGAUCAACACUCCUAAGAGUCAUUACCACUUCUAUAAAGACGUCGCAGCCAUUAGACUCCAGCAGUGCAACAUGGGGACUUGGAUGUCAGAGCUUUUUCAGAAUCUGUUU